CUGGGGGGCCAACGGCUGGAGUUGCUCUAAGCUCCGGGGGCUGCCGGGCUCGGUAGACUGCAGUGGCCGUUAUCUCAUCUCCGCUUGCUCAACAUAGGGCUGGCGCCUUGGUGCUUGGUGGGGAGUUGCUAAGAAAUUUUUGACAAAGCAUGUCUGAUGUGGCCGCGCGGCUUCCUCUUGCGUCUUCUCCUCCGCGUGACCGCUGGCGCCACUGCCCGCCACGCCUGCGCGCGCGUCCACCCGCUCCUCGUGAAGUCCGGCCACGCUUCCGACACUCGCCUCGCCACCGCGCUCGCCGACGCCUAUGCCAAGUCCGGCCUCGUCACGCACGCGCGCAGGGUGUUCGACGAAACGCCGCACAGGGACCUCGUGCUCUGGAACGUCAUGGUCUCCUGCUACUCCUCCCAUGGUCUGCUCCUCGACUCAUGGGCCCUCUUCGCCUCCAUGCGGAGGAGCUCCGGCCUCUCCGGCGACGGCUUCACCUUCAGUGCCUUACUGAGCGCCCGCGCUCCUCCUUCUUCCUGUAGCCAGUACCUGGGGCUCCUGGCGCACGGCCUUGUUCUCAGGCUGGGCCUCCAGCUGGACCUUGUCGUCGCCACCGCGCUCCUCGACAUGUAUGCAAAGUGCGGCCUGGUCGCUGAUGCUCGCCGGGUGUUUGAUGCCAUGCUACUAAGGAACUCUGUAUCCUGGAAUGCCAUCAUUGUCUGCUAUGGCCACCAUGAUGGAGGCAAGGAAGCACUGCAGAUUUUCGCGUCCAUGCUCAGGAAUGAUGAUGGGCGCUGUUGUCGGCCUGACGAGCUCACGCUUGCCAGUUUGCUUAGUUCCUGUGCCAACAUGGCAGCUGCCUAUGAGGCUACCCAGCUUCAUGCUUAUGCCCUCAAAAGGGGCUUACAAGGAUUUCUGCAAGUAGCCAACGCUCUGGUCAUGGCCUAUGGUAAGAAUGGUUUUCUUCAGCAAGCAACACAGACAUUUGCUACCAUCCAUAACCCAGACAUAGUUUCAUGGUCAUCCAUGGUUUCAUCUUUCGCCUACCUUGGGUGUGCCAAGAAUGCAAUCCAUGUGUUUGAAAGAAUGCUCCAACAAGGCGUGCGGCCUGACGGCAUUGCGUUUCUUGGAGUUCUUUCUGCCUGCAGCCAUGCUGGACUCAUUCAACAUGGCCUAAAGUAUUUUCUUCUAAUGACGACGGAUUACCAAAUUGAUCCAUGGCCGCAGCAUCUUGCUUGUCUGGUUGAUCUCCUAGGGAGAGCUGGCAGGGUUCAGGAUGCCUACAACAUUUUACUCAACAUCUCCUGCCAAACAAACAGUGAUGUAAUUGGAGCUUUCCUUGCUGCCUGCAAGACACGAGGCAACAUUGAGUUGGCAAAGUGGGCUGCUGAUAGGCUACUCAGUCUGGAGCCAAACGAGCCAGCAAAUUACCUGCUUAUAUCUAAUGCUUAUGCUGCUGCAGGAGCUUGGAGUGAGCUUGCAAAGGUAAGAAGUCUUAUGAGAAACGUGUGCAGCAACAAGGUGCCUGGUUGUAGCUGGAUAGAAAUAGGUGGAAAGGUUCAGACAUUUGUCUCCAAUGAUAUUUUGCUCCAACAAUCAACAAAUAUGCGACAAAUGAUGGAAAUUCUUGUUACAUUCAUGGAAAAAGAGAGCAAUGACGAUACUCUUUGUAAGGAUUCAGAUUUUAUUUCAGAACGGUUUUGAUGUCUCAAUAAAAAAUAUAUAUGGGUUAAACUGACAUCUGCAAUAUAUUGUGUCUGACCUUAUCAAUGUGGCAAUUGAACCAUUCUAAGGUUAUCAUAAAGACGAAGAUAGGAUACUAGAACCCUCAGGAAGGCAGAAAGUGGUCUCUUGCUUAUGCAGUUAUGCUUAUAUGUUGUGCUAAUAUGAAAAGGUGAGGAGGGUUAGCAGGUAGAUGAGGUGAUCCGUGAUCCUAAUCCACCGCUUUUUUCCCCGAGAUGGCCACGGCUGACAGUCGUGUUAGAAUAUUUCUCGCCGCUGCGAGAUGGUGGAGCGAAGACUAAUCAGUAUGUCGCUCUCCCCGAGCUCCUCUCUUCCGAAUGUCACCUAAGACAACAUGGCAGCUACUUAAGCAGCAGAUUAGUACCCCACGAAUUGAGCACUCUUAACUCAAUCGAUCUUUAAUUGACGGGCGACUAUUCUUAUCUCAGUCAUCAUAAUUGACGGACGAUGAUCGUGACCAUGAUGACUCUCUCUUGUGUGUGUGCUUGAUGCCUGUCGUCCUUCGCCCAUACUGUUUUCUCAGUGGAGCUUGUGGUGCUCCAUUUCUGGCUGGUUGCUGGAGGUUGGUGAGGCAGGUUCAGAUCUGGGCUUUUAGUGCGAUUCAAGUCUACAGGAUUCAGAUUAUUUCAGAACGGUUUUGAUAUCUCAGUAAAAAUAUAUGUGGGUUAAAUUGACAUCUGCAAUAUAUGGUCUCAGACCUUACCAGUGUGACAAUGUAACCAUUUUCAGGUUAUCAUAAAGACGGAGAUAGGAUACUAGAACCCUCGGGAAGGCAGAAAGUGGUCUCUUGCUUAUGCAGUUAUGCUUAUGUAAGUAUUUCAACAAUCAUAUAUUUCUAUCGCAGUGGUACAAAUCGAUUUAUUACUUCUCAUGAACCUCCAGAUGUUGUGUUAUAAUAUGAAAAGUUAGGAGGAUUAGCAGGUAGAUGAGGUGAUCCGUGAUCCGUGAUCCUAAUCCGCCGCUUCUAUCCCCGAGAUGACGAUGGCUGAGAGUCAUGUUAGGAUAUUUCUCGCCGCUAUGAGAUGGUGGAGCGAAGACUAAUCAGUAUGUCGUUCUCCCCAAGCUCCUCUCUCCCGAAUGACGCCUGAGACAACAUGGCAGCAACUUAAGCAGCAGAUUAGUACCCCACAAAUUGAGCACUCUUAACUCGAUCAAUCAUAAUUGACGGGCGGCCGUUCUUAUCUCAGUCAUCAUAAUUGACAGACGAUGAUCGUGAGCAUGAUGACUCUAUGUGUGUGUUCUUGAUGCCUGCCGUCGUUUGCCCACACUGCUUUCGCAGGCAAGCUUGUGGUGCUCCAUUUCUGGCUGGUGGCUGGAGGUUGGUGAGUCAGGUCCAGAUCUGGGCUUUUAGUGCAAUUCAAGUCUACAGGCUGUAUUGUCCAUGCAUAUGACUCUGGUAUUACAUCAGGGGCUAAUCUGGAAUGUAAGUGUUGGGUUCAAGUGAACAUGAACCCAAUGAGUUUUUCUUAAACUGACUAAAUUGCUACUUGGUACUUAGCACCGUGUGUCACUAGUUAGUUUGACCUCAUACUUUUACUGGGAUGAACCCAAUACGAAAUUUUCCUGGCUGGCUAUUGCGUAUUGACAUCAUGCAAACAUCUCUUAUUUGGUGCUUGAUGGGAAAGCUAUGGGUUUGGCUGCCCUAUCCUACUAUUCACUCUGGAAGUGGUUGGCUGAGGUAUAUCAAUCUGCCUAACCCCUACUUUUACUGUACUACCAAUUCUAGCUUAAAUUGCUUUCAAUCUUCACAUGACCCUAAAGAAGCGGGAGACACAGUCAAUAUGUCUGCGGUAGAGUCCACAACCGAUAUGCACGAAUUCUAUUUCUAACUAAGGAUUGCCAUCUUUUACAAGAUGAAUUAAUCUAUUUGCAUGCAUUUAGAUAUUAAUAGGACACACGGUACAAAACUCAUCAAUGGUGUCUAUGGUUUUCUUUGAUGUGUGUGGUCUUUUGCUCUUUAUUUCCUGGUGGGGCAAAGGAUAAGAUUAAGAUUUCACGAUGUAGAAAUGAUGUAAGUAUAUGAUAAACACAGAUGAAUUGUCUGUAUGUGGGAGUCCAAGAGAUCAUGGGGAUCUACCAAGUGGGGACGUGCCUAUUGUCAGCCACUCAUCCAUUAUUUGUCAGUCACCGCAGCAAAAGGACAUGAGAGGCACUCGUCGACCUCUACCCUGCAACAUACGUCAACUUGGUCCCAGCCACAAUGUUCAACCAACCGUAGCUAGCUGGGCCAACUUGCCUAUUCUUGGCACAAUCUCUGGGGUGUGUUUUCUUAUACGUAAAUUUGUAGGUUGUAUGUGUUGAAUCUAGUUAAGUACUUUGUGUUCCUAGUCGUUUCUAAGGAUUACAAUUAGAAGGCCAGUGUUGCCAAAUCACUGUCGCGUGUGCAUCCAUGAUCGCUCACCGUAAUUUGUGUAAGUUUUGACGCAGUUGUUGCAUGUCUACAAGGUUUUGUGCUCGAAAAGAAGCAAGUUUGCUGAUAGGGCGUAACGAAUUCCUGUAGCGCACAUUAAUCUUGUGAUGUAGCUUGAAAACUAGAGUUGGUCAUAAACAAUUCCAGAUUAUUCCUGCUCUUUUGAAACAUGUGUAAGCUUGCACUUCAUGUUGUGUGUACAAACAAAGUGCUUCAAACUUAAUUUUAUUUUAUUAUAAAGUAAGAAGCAUACAUGUUUGUAAUGAUGCUCCACGAUAUACUCCUAGAUGACAAAUCAAGUCAGUUAUGUGUGUUUCAGUUUUUCUACUCCAUUUUUUCUCGUCAAAUUGUUUGUCUACUUCAUUAUUGUGACACAUGCAUUAGCUAUACUAGAGGUCACUAUGAUGCAGCACUCGUCACAGAUGGUCACUUUUACUGUGUGACAACGUGCGUGGAGCAGGAUUGUGUGUACGACUCUGGUCCCUUCUGGACAUCUUCGCAGUUAACUGUUUCCUCAAUCUGAAACGUGAAAUAAUGCAUCAUUGAUUGGUUCUCAUCUUAUCUCACUGGGUAGUCGCCUCACAUUUCUUUGCUCAUUUGUAGUUUGGUGAUGGGACCACAAACUCUGGUUUUUACGUGUAUAUGACGUGGCGAGAUAUAAUGCGAAUAUGUGAGUAACUGCUUCGGUGUACCUUAUGUACUAUGUCCAUCCUUAUUUGUGUAGAGAACAGAAGUCGAAUUGUCUAAGUUAAAUAUUUUAACUACAUGUAAGUUUACAUGCCUCAUCCGUUCGAAGGAAUUUCACGAACUAUCGAGUAGUUCUCUUAUCCCAUAUAUUGGCCUAGGUUUGAUUAAAUCUUUGCGCUGCCAGAGAACUAAUGUGAAAACAAAUCAGUGUGUCAACUAUGGCGUGCUUAUCUUUCUUUAGUCGUCGCUUCGUUUUGUCAUGUCAAAGAUUGAAAAACCAUGGACAUAACACAUGAUGAAUUGAUUGGUAUCAUUCUCAUGUUGCUUGAUACCUACUUAGAGAUGCAUCCUAAAUUUGGGGGAAUUGAUUGCAUCAUGUAUGACUAGGAUGUCGGGAAGCGCAAAUUGGGGACUGCUUCGAUGCCAUACAAACAAGGUCAUAUUUCAAAGAUCUUGAGGUAAUUUGUGUGUACCGAUGGAUCAAUGAUAUAUUAACAAAUAUAUUCUUAAUUUAGCGUCAUGGAAUUUUGUGAAAAAAACUAUCAACUUGGGUGGUCCUUUUCCUAGAAAUUUGGAGAUAACCAUGGGAAAAUAUUAAAGCAAAAAAUUGUCUUUGAAUUCACAAAAAGAAAAGUCAUUGUAAGCCGUGAACAACUUUUGGAUAUACCUUUUUGGCCGCCUAUCAUUAGCUCUCUUUCUUCUUCUCCCUUAAAUACGUCAACCUCAACUCCCACACCGUGUGAGGGAGAAAAUGAUAGAAAGAGAGAGAUAUAGAGGGAGAAAAUGUGCCAACUGAUGAGUCCCUUGCUUUUAUGCAUGCACCAACUAAUCAUAGGAUUGGGCCAUAAGCAUCGGUGCUUGGUGAUGCCCCUCCUCUUAGGCCAGUUUGGAAACGCGGGGUCGGGAACAACAAAAAACAUAGAAAUAUGAUAAAAGUUCACAUGAAAAACACACAAAUUUUCACAGCCAGCCCAUUUGU